UGUCCUAGUUACAGUAAAUAGAGAAAUCAAAGUUUAUAUGAUAAAAGCUUAAUUAAAUGAUGUUAUUUGUUAGGGAUAAGUGUAUUAUAUCGUCAUAUAUACAUCGAUAUACAUGUAUGCACGCAUACAUGGUGAUUUAAACGACGACAAAUAACACCUAAUUUGAUGUACCAAUAAGAAAUCAAAUAACAAAUAAUGGUUUUACCAUCUAGACACAUAAUAAUAUUACGAGAUAAGUGAAAAAUUUAUAAGGCGAUAAUUUACAUAACACAAUUUUGAACAUCAAUUUUUUUUCGAAUACCGGUCAGUCACAUGAUAAAGUACUGCAUGUAAUGUCACCGGAAGAAUAUAUUUUAUUCGACCUUAAUAUAAAAAAAUGAUAUAGAUAUGAAAUAAUCUAUUGCAAUCAAUAGAUAUAUAACUAUGAUACGAUAAUGAGUAUAGAGUCAGAUAAAGUCAACUCCACUACUAAAGAUGACAUCACUGAACAUUCACUAUCAGAACAAGUCAAAUUGAAUCUAGUUCAUUACAACUUAUGGACCAAUGUCAUCAUUCAUGAUACAACCCCAUCUCCAUCAUCAUCUGUAAUAUCAGGGAUAUCACCAACUUCAAAACAAUUAGAAUGGAUAGUACCGAAGUCAUUCACUAAUAAGGAUAUAACCAUCCCAGAGAUCGAAACCUGGUUUGUCCAAAUCACAACCAUCAAUACCAAACGACCUCUGAAAUUAAUUAUCGCUAUAGUGAAUGAUGAUUCUACUGUGGUUUACUAUAAUAUUCAUGAUGGGUUAGUCAAACCUAAACAAAAUUGAAAUGUUCAAAUGAAACGAAAUUAUUCAUUCAUUAAUUAAUUAAUUAAUUGUCAAUUGUCAUAUAUGUAUUCUAUAUCAUCUAUAUAUUAAAAAUAAUAUGCUAUUUUUUGGG